CAUGGUGUUGCUGAAGAGGGUUGUUGUGAUGAUAUUUAUAUUGAUCAUCCCUCCGCGUGAGCGCGCCCGCGUAUCGAUCGCUGAAGCGAAGCAGCCAAAAUUAUCCCCAGAGAAAGACCCAACAUAACUGAACUGACUCCAAGCGGAAUGGAAGAUAAACACUUUUUCUUUUGAACAAGAACUAGCGCUUUACAUGAACAGCUUGCACCAUUUAUGCAAAGAAGCAACGUUCGUUCCAAUUGUCGCUGUGACAGUGUCAGGCAAAAAACGGGACUAGAAGGAAUUGAAUUUGAAAAUUUUGGUUUAAAUCGUCUUCAUUAAGGAGUGUGGUGUGCACGCGGAGUUUUUGGCUGAUGCGUAUGUGCGAACGGAAGUGCGAUCAAGAUCGAUCAGUGGUGCCGGGCGAUGAUAGCUUCCGUUAAGUGACACCGUCGACGCGUCGUUCUAUCUCUUCCAACGGACCCCUUGGAUCGCGACCGAAUCCCUCCUCACCAUUACCAUGGAUUCCAUUGACUGUCUCAUUACGGACGAGUUGAUCCCCGAAAGCUGUCUCGAAUCGGAAUGGAUUGAGGAAGCAGAGGUGUUCGCCAUUCUAAAACAAUGGGAAUCGCGUGGCAACGGGGCUCUGAAGAAAGCAGCGGAUGCCACCUUCAACAACAGCACCAGUGGUAACAGCUUCAACAACAGUGUCACUACCAUCAGUAGCAACAACAGCAGCAACACCAGCAACAACCGCACCGUCAUCAACCUCUCGCACGUGAGCAACGAUAGCGGCAUCAGCCAGAAACAAGAACAUGCACUCUCGAACGCAUACCCUUGGCGCGAGAUUGUGACUGAAGACGACAAGCAACAGCAAUUGUUACCGGACGAUAUUGAUAACCGAACGCGUGACGCACUCCAGAGUAUGCACAGUUCGAGUCUCAAAUACGACACUCGGACGUUCGUCAGACCCAGGAAGAAACUGGAAUCCACAUGGCUGCAAAGCAGCACGGCGUCCAGUGAGGCAGCAACUACAUCUUCUCCUGGCGUAAGUCAGCAUGAGUUGCCGCCAAACGCAUCACCGCUACUGAAUGUCCAGAUCGGUGGUCCAGUAACUCCAUCGUUGGUCAACUCGGCCACCGGCAGUCGGCUAAUGAUGCAGCGCAGCUUGUUGAACGACGUUUCGCCACCCUGCUCGAUAAUGAACUCGAUGGAGUUCUCGGCCAAUGAGAAGUUCACCAAUAGUUUGAUCACAAGCGGUGACUUUAGUAGCGUCGGUUGUUUGCUUAACGCAUCCGACGCCGAUCUGGUUAACGAGACCACCGGUGUUGUCACUGGCGCCAACUACAACGGUUACAGCCUGUACAAUGUGAUGGAAGAUCGGCAACGGCUGGAGAAUCUGUGCCUCGACGAAGAAAGCACGCUCACUAAAGACUGCAACAUCUCCCGGACGGAUCUCAAUGCGAUUGAAAGCGUAUCGGGUGUGAGCACGAUGCAAAACUCCUAUGAGAGUGGUGGCGGUACCGGAUCAGGAGCUUCGGGCAACAGCCGCCAGAUUGGCUCCGGAAAACCUUCAUUCGACGACACCGAAUCGCCGGGGGUGAAUGGUGGUGCGUCGUCAGCCAACACGACGCUUGUAUUGGGCUCUACAAUGACAGUAGUAUCCAACGAUGGCAGAAAAGCAAACGAAACGUUCCAGUUGCCAGUAGCACCCGACGAUAUUAUGGAAGAGCAUGUCACGGGCCUCCUCAACGGUGGUACCUACGAUAAGCGACGACCCAGGAACUUUAACACCUACCGUAAGCCAAGAACGUCGAUCAACCAAACGUUCGAGGCAUUGCCGAAUGUGGACAACAGAGCAGUGGAAGGGGAGCAAACGUCCCACGAUAUUCCCGCUUCAGUCAAGCACACCGUUAUGAACAGUACCUUUGGCAUCGUAGGUGAUGAGCAGCUCGGUGGCGUUACUGGUGGAAGUGUGGCUGCCAAUGCAACCUUUGUCGCGAAACCGAAAGUGAUCGAUACACCGCAAAGUGAAAACAAUGGUCGAUUACUCGAUCUAACGUUGGAUCCACCGGUUGCUCCCGAGUAUAAGAUGCCAUUUGGUCGUACGUUCAAGCGUCGUCCACGCGAACAGUUUUCGACCACUGAGGAGGAACUCGAUACGGAAUUGAUUAGUCCCAUUCGACCGGCGGUGGUACCAGCCAACGAUAACCGAAUGUUGGUUCAAUCGACACCAUUCCACGGGUCAUCGCAACGCGGUGCUGCUGGAGGAUCAGAGAACGAUCUGCUAGACUUCGACGUUUCUCUCAUCACUCCGCCCGAUCCGAUGGACGGCGAACUAUUCCCACAAACCCCCCCGGUUCGCACAGGUGAUGCCAAACGCAGCACCGUCGUUCGGAGGAGUCGUAACAUCGAGCAAGAGCUGCAGAGUGAGGGUGAGGCGGGUGAGACGGAUGAUUUCGAUGUUCAAAUUCGUCGCACUCCGGGAACCACCAACGGUAGGAUAGCUGAUCCGUCGAACUUUCUGGAUGCCGAGAAGCGUAUCUCGCUGCAGCAUUUCGAGGAGUUUGAAAAAUCCAUUCUCGAAAGCGAACACAGUGGAGUUGACUUUGACGAGAUGCUCAACUCGCUGACGGCGGACGUGCGCCGGACGGAUGAAAGCGAUAAGCUGCGCCAGUCGCUGGACAACAUCAAGAAACGCCACUCGCGAAUCAAUCUCGAAAAGCAGCAGCAGGACGAGAUGAAGCGAAAGUUGCAUCAGUUGGAGGCGGGUGAUGGAAGCGCGAACGCCACCGCAACCACACCGCUCGACAAUAAGCUAGUGGAUUCGAUGACCAAAAGCUCCGGUAUGUCAUCAUCGAGCGGAAGUGAAAGACUGCUCAAUCGUAGAAGUAGAUACAACGAGGACCUUAACCUCAGUCAGCACAUGCAGCAGCAGCCAGAACAAAAGCAAUUCAAUUCGACAAUCACUCUGUCGAAUGGAGAAAAUGGCAAUGGUGAUGGUGGUGAGACCGGUUGUGCUACCGAAUCGGAUCGCGUCUCUACUGGCGCCGAGGCAGAGACAUACGAUCGCAAGAAUCGAGAUCGAUUCAAGACAAUACGCAUCAUCAAAAAGAAAGAGGAUGAUCUACCAGUGGCGAUACUGCCGGACGCUGACCAGUCAACGGAACCCGAACUCCCCGGUAGCCACGAGUUCCUACAAUCUUCCCCCAACAACAGUACCAGCAACAGUAGUGCCUUUAGUCGCGUGGAUCACAAUUCACAGAGAAUGGGAACAGGAACGAGAUUAGGAGCUAGCAAUCAGCAAAUGAUGAAGACUGAUGGAACAGGAGGGGUAGGGAUGCUACAGGAAGCAGGCCAGGACGUAUUUAAAAAGCCGCAGGCAAUCGUGCAACCGGUGAUGCAGUCAACAGGCCGUACCGGUCUCUCAAAGCCGCGUUAUUACACUGGCUUACCAAGCGGGAUUGGGGGAGGAGCGGUUGGAUCCCUGCGCAAGGAUCUGUCACUUCCGCUCGGCACCAAGGCUAGUUCGACUGAUAGUUUGGAGCAGCAGCAACAGCUACACCAACAGCAGCAGCAGCAGCAUUCGCAAGCAUCGCGCUUAUCGGCCAUUUCGAAGCUAGGCGGAGGAAGCGGUGGUCUCAUCGGCACUGGCCGUUACGCUCAGUAUUCAGGUCUACAGAAGGCUCAACUUUCGUCCCAGCUGCAGGCCAAACAGCAACAACAGCAGGCCCCCACGCUGAAGUCACCUAUGGGAACGAAAUCCAAGUCCUACCACAGUCUUAGCUUCGCCCCGGCCGGCAACAGCACAGGUUACGGUGGCUCCAGCAGCAACCUAUCCAAAGUGCAUGGUUCCUCUGCGCUGCAGCUUAAGCUGAAGCAUAAUUCUAGCAACACCGAGCUGAAAAGUAACACAUCAAGGGUGCUUGCCUCGAUGCAACCACAACAGUUAUCAUCGGGCACGAGGACCGCAGCAACAGCGGCGGCAGCAGCAGCAGGAGCAGGAGCAGGAACAGGAGCUGGAGUAGCAGGAUUGCCCGGAGGAACCGCAGUCAUGGGGGGAAUCACGGGGCGUACCAGCUUGCCGCUGGUGCGAUCGAACCAAUUCCCGCACAACAGCGGCACCACCGGUACUGCUGGGGCUGUGGCUAACGCAACUGCAACACUGACCGCUACUACCACCAGCCCUCUUUCCGGUGUUCAAAUGCGCACAGCUAGCAGCAGCGGUGGCUUAGCAAAGACGUCUCGGCUCGGGCUAGUAAGACCUUCGUCCGGAUACUUCAGCUACAACACGCACCGAAAGCAGCCGGAUUCGGACAACGAGUCCGUCAAUAGCCUCUCAUCCUCAUCCGCUAGCUCUAGAGGCAGCCUAUAUCGUGUAGAUAGUCAAAGUGUAGCGAACAAUGUACAAUCCUUUGCCACCGCACCCACGCUACCGUCGACAGCCGGACCGAGACAUGGCAACAAUAUCGACGAUGUGAAUGGAAGCGGCACCGCAGCCGGUACGAAACUUAAUGGUGCCACUGGAUCAUCCUUCGGCUCAGUGACGAACAACAGCGCGCCUGCGAGUGGAGCUGCACCCGCCACCAAUUCGAAACCGUCCGGAUUGCGGCCACCUUCGGCAUUAAGACCACCGUCGGUGCGCAGCGGCCUACCACGUCCAACGAGCUACAUUCGGCGAUAAGGGAGCCGUCCUUUCCCCACUCACCUUUUGCAGUAUUUCCUAACGGCCUUUGCCCUUCCAAUACGAUCCUGGCGUCUCGAUCGCACCUUGGCCGGUACUUUUCAGUCUUACAAUCCGCGUCUUUGUUUUUGUUUUAUUACUUCCGGAACUGAAAGGCCAUUAAUUUCGUAAAAAGGAGUGAGUUGAAGGUGAAGAGAAUGCUGACGUCCACUCAAAUUGUAAACUAGUUCCCAAACCGUAUCCGUAUUCUGUCCACAACGACCGUAUUUUACUCCUCAGUUAGAAUCGUGAUCGCCGUCUUCGAUCGCUCGUGCAAGCAGUGCGUUUCCAGUCCACA